CUAUACAGAAGUAUUCUAGACUACUGCGGGCAAAAUGGUUGGGUUGGCAGGUCCUCGAAAUCGUCAAAAGAUCGCCUUCGACCCGCAAAACACAUCAUGGUCCAGAGACACCGAUCGAUUUGGCCAUCGCCACCUUGAAAAAAUGGGCUGGAAGCCUGGCGACGGACUAGGAAGCUCGGCUGCCAACCGUGCGAUCACCACCCACGUCAAAAUCACUCUCAAAGACGACACAUUGGGCUUAGGUGCCAAGUCAGCUAUUGCAAGUCAAGAUGCAAACAACUGGGCUCCGGGUCUUGACUCGUUCCAGGCUUUGCUGAGCAGACUAAAUGGCAGCGAACCUGCGCAAACUGAGACCACGACAGUGACUGAGACCGAGACCGAGACGAUUUCUGAGAACGGCAAGAUUACUAUGUGGGAGUCGGAAACUAGAAUAAGCCAGUCAUACAACCGGAUAGGUAAAUGGGGGAACAGAGUCAAAUUUGUCAAGGGCGAGCGUCUAGGUGCUACAAUCACAGAGGAGCUUGUCGCGAAGACAAAGUCAGAGCGAUCUGCAAAGGAAGAGAAAAUUCCAGCUAGUGAGGACCGGUCGGGUUCAGCAAAGAAGUCCCGCAAACACAAGAGAUCAAAGACUGAUGGUGAUUCAGCUGAGGAUAACAAAAAGCACAAGAAGAGAAAACGGAAGCACUCGACCGAUGAAGAAGAGAAAGAGGACGAUACGAAAGUGCGGCAUAAAGAGCACAAGAAGAGUAAGAAGUCUUCCGAGAAAAGCUCUAGCAAGAAGUCUUCGAAAACACACAGUCGUCCUGAAUCCGACGAGUCAGUGACGAGCUUAACUGAGGGAAUCGCCGAAACGUCAGUGGACGGAUCGAAAGAGAAGCAUAAGAAGAAGAAAUCGAAGAAGAGUAUAGAAUCGGCGACCCAGGCGGCUCCGGAGCCAACUGAUGUGGAUAUGACUGAUGCUCCUUUAGCAGGAAAAAAGAGAAAGAUGAAGGAGAAGAAGAGUAAGAGUGACAAGUCAGAGUCAAAGAAGAGCCGGAAGAAGGCUAAAACAGAGCAUUAG